AUGUCCAUCUCCAUUAUGUCCUCUAUCGCUGAGCGAGACGAAAGACGGAUGCCGCUGGGAGACGAUGACUGUCCAGACUACGAAGCUGUGAUUAGCAGGAGCAAUUCGAACGGGACUUCGAGCAGUGUUCAUUACUCAAGCCCUUUUCCUGAUGAUAGACGGCCAGUGUCGCCUUUAAACCCUUCACGAAGACACCCACGACCCCUUCCACGCCAUGAACGAUAUGUCUAUACCUAUCGCCUCUUGGCGAACAACACGCCUAUCCAAUUUAUGAUCUCCGUCGAGCCGGAGUCGGGCAAGCCAAAACCAGGGAAAUACACUUUCCGAUUGUCUUUCAAGGCGAAUGGCAUCGAACGGAAACUUUGCGAGCCCGAAACACGAAAGCUGAAGGUGGAUCCGAGGCAUCUUGACUUUGUCGUAUUCAUCUUCCCCGGGAAAUCCAGCCUGCCCGCAGGCUGCCUCUGGUCGCUGCGAGUGUGGCUCCGCGUCAACAACGUCGAUCACCGAAUAUGGGGCGAGGACGACCUAUGGAUUGCCAAGGAUCCGGACUUCAACUCAAUCGGCGACGCCUCGUUCGCGCGGCUGAAAAACGCGGACACUGGAGAACAAAUCUACAACGCGUAUGUAGGACGAGCGCUGGUGACUUUUAUUGUUAGAUGGCGGCAUGUGAGCAACGGAUUGUAUAGCUAUUCCCUCGAAUACGAGGCGGCCGGUGUAGGAGAUAUGCUGUUCGACGAUUACAAGCUACGGCUCGAUGGUGAUCCAAGAGCGCUUUCUUUCCUCAUUUUCUCAAUACCUUCCAACUCUAUUCCGUCCGGCGCUUCCCACAAAUUACGCGUAUGGAUACGCUCUCUCGUUCCCUUAUCUACUUCCGACCCAACGACAUCCUAUGUUCUCCCUUUCAACGACUCCUACAUCUACCAGCGAUUAUGGAAAGACGACGCCUUCAAGAUCGGUGGACGGCUUGAUUUUGAAUCGCUAGGCACGAAGAUGAUUAUGGGCUUCUCUUCUGGCGCUCCGGAAACGAUUGUCAUGCCCCACCCCCCUCCGUCGUCAGACCUCCAAAGUCCACGAUCAAUAUUCAAUGAGAAAAACGGGUAUGAUUUUUGA